AUGCCAGCUCCGUUAAUAUCGCAGCUCUUCCGGAGAGGACGCUUUCUGACAACGAGGUUCCAGAUACAACGUCCUCAAAUAUGUGCGUUCUCGACUUCUCCACGUCAACGCAUCAUGGAAACGAGCGGCUUCUCAGAAACGCAGUUAACCGUCAGAGAGGCCGUUGCUGCAGUAUGCGCAAGAUUUCCAAAUACAUACUGGCAAGAGCGUGAUGAGCAAGGUAAAGAUCCCAAGGAUUUCCAUGCAGCACUCGCAAAGGAUGGAUGGCUUGGAAUUGCAUUGCCAGAAGCAUUCGGUGGCUCAGGUCUAGGCAUUUCCGAGGCAACGAUGAUGAUGCAAACUAUAGCAGAGUCUGGCGCUGGAAUGGCGGGAGCGCAAGCGAUUCACGCCAACGUCUAUGCCACACAACCGCUUGCCAAGUUUGGCACGGAGAAGCAGUUGCAAGAGACGAUUCCAAAGAUCAUUAGUGGCGAGAUCAGGACUUGCUUUGGGGUGACAGAGCCAAAUGCUGGAUUGGAUACCUUGAGACUCAGUACACAAGCGAAGAAGCUGGAUGAUGGAACCUACACUGUCACGGGCCAGAAAAUAUGGAUCACAUGUGCGCAGGUCGCAGACAGGAUGAUUCUUCUCGCGCGGACAGCUGCGCGGGAAGAAGCGGAAACGCCAUCAAAGGCAUUGAGUAUGUUCUGCAUACCGAUCGACAGAUCAGCACCGGGGCUCGACAUGCGCAGGAUCAAGAAGAUGGGCGGGCGAGCUGUCGAUGCUAACGAAGUGUUCUUCGACAACUACAAGGUCCCGGCCGACUGUCUGGUAGGGAAGGAAGGCGAAGGAUUCAAGAUUAUCUUACAUGGCAUGAAUGCAGAGCGGUGUUUGUUAGCAGGCGAGGCAUUAGGGCUUGGGUACGCCGCCCUUGCAAAGGCAAGUAGCUAUGCAAGAGAGCGAGUUGUUUUCCAGCGACCGAUUGGCAUGAAUCAGGGUGUUGCACAUCCUCUGGCGGACGCAUACAUGCGCCUGGAGGCAGCAAAAUUGGCGACUUACCAUGCUGCACGGCUCUAUGAUGCUAGCAAGACCGACGAUACGAUCAGGCAAGAUGCGAUUGGUGUCGCGGCAAACAGCGCAAAGUAUCUUGCUGCUGAGGCCGCCUUUACUGCCUGUGAGAGAGCCAUACUGGCGCAUGGAGGGAUGGGGUACGCUCAGGAAUACGACGUCGAGAGAUGGUUCCGAGAGUGUCUGGUGCCCCGGAUUGCGCCUGUGAGCAGAGAGAUGAUUCUGAAUUACAUUGGGGAGAAGGUUCUUCAGCUACCUCGGAGUUAUUAG